AUGCUCUCGCCGCGGGAAAAGUUUGGCGUGCACGCGCUGCUGGCCUUCUUCUCGACGCGCGUGCUCCGCGGCGGCCCCAAGAUCCUACUGCACCUGGCCGCGUGUCUGGUCGUCUUCAUCCUAAUCAUCCGCUUCACGACGCCGACAGCUCACACCGCAUCGCCGCUAGCGGACGUAUAUGCUCACGGCGGCAGUAGCAAGGACGGAUCUGCUUCCGGGUUGAGGAUUGUCGUGUUUGGAGCCGACGACAUUGCAAUGCCCGCACCCGUACGCGGCCUCGAGAAGGAGACGAGCCGGGCAUGGACAGAGGUGCUCUGCCAAGAGCUCAAAUGCUCGCAGUACCAGUCGUUCGUCCCGGCCGCCGACAACAACACGCACGCCAUGGUGUCCAACAGCAUCUACGACGCCGCCGUCGAGCACCUGAUGAACGAGACGUGGGGCAACCACAGCCCCGGCGGGAAUUACGGCUUCCAGGCCGACGAGUUCCCCGUGGUCAGCCUGCCAGAUCUGAGCAGGCAGGUGUCGGCGUUCCUGGGGACCCGCACGCCCAGCACACGGCCCAACGAGACGCUGUGGGUGUUCACAUUCGGCACGUGGGACGUCUGGGCGCUGGCGUCGAUGCCCCUAAACAUUAGCGGCACCGUCAUCGAGCUGCUAGCCGAUAGCGUGUUCGACGAGGCGGAGCGGUUGUACCACAGCGCGCUGGACGAGGGCUCGGUGGCGUGGUCUGGCGUAGCUGGCCAGCAGCGAGGCGGGGGCGCGACGGCUAAAAGAAACGCCUACCCCGACAACACCAACCCAGAGACGGACAUGAAAGGACGCAGGGCCGACCAGUUCUCCAUUAUGAUCCCGACGCUGUUCGACCCGUCACUGACGCCGGGCUGGGACCUGGCGCGGCCGGCGCUCUCCGCGGUCCACUCCAAGGCCGAGCAGCUGCGCAACGCGGCGGCGCUGACGGGCAAGUGGAACUCGCGACUGGCCGAGAACCUGCACGACUGGGUGCGCGGGCCGGGCGGCGGGCGCACUACACCGCAGGGCCAAGACGAGCCCAGCGCGAGCGCGUCCGCGUCGCUGCUCGACCGCAUCGCCUCCCGCAAUAAGUACCCGCUGCGCGACGCCUUCCUGCAUGACCAGGCCGGGCUCGUGCUCGACGCCGUGGUGGAGCGCCAGCUGCGCGACGGCGGCAUGGCUGACACCACAAACCCAAACGCCCAGCCCGAGGCCGAAGUGUACCGCCACGUGCGCACGCCGUGUGUUCUUGGUGGCGCCCCCUGCGAGGCGCCGCACCAGCACCUGUUCCUCACGCCCUUCAAGGUCGGGUCGCGCGCCGUGGCGGACCUGGGCCGGCGCGCGGCCGCCAUGGUGCGCCGCGGCGAGACGCUGCGGGCGAACUGGGCAGCCAGCGGCGGCGCGUCGUCGUGGGCCAGCUGA